AUGAUGGACACGGAUGAGAGCAUAGGCUCACUAUCAUUUACAUUUUCAAGCCUGAUAGGUGCCAACGGCGAAAGCGUCGAUGUUGCGGAGACUUCGAUGCGCCCACGACUGGCCCUUUACAAGAAUCAUGCCUACUCCAUUGAUCAAGAACGACGCUGGAGAUUAGAGCUUGAGAAUUUCCGUCGGAAAAACAAGAGAGCGGACAAUUUUGACUUACGCAGACAACUAGACGACACGAAAUCUGUUAAUCCGUGGUCUUCAAAACCCAGAGACAGACGACCGUUUAAGAACUGUAAUGACCAGUCGGCUCAGCUCAUGCUGGCAGAAUGGUUUCUCUUUAUGCCACCCACCUUUGAGGAGGACUACUUCUUCAAACUCUGCCCUAAGGGGAGACAUGUAUUGGUAAUUGCUGAAAAGGUAACCGAACCCAUUUACUCCCUCUUCAUCAAAUCCUUGUUUUGUUUGUUGCAUGCACGUAUUCGCUGUUCACGUUGUAAGUUAUAGUCAGAGUACGUUAGGCCAGAGGUGUAUGUUUAUUGUUAUGGCUGAACGGUUUCUUAGAUUCCCGGCUCAACUUCAAAUUCGUUAAGUUUCAAUGCACGAUGGCGUCAGUUGUCCCGACACCCAUCGGAUCCUGAUUUCCUCAAAACGUAGAACGUAGUCUGAAGCGGUCGUAGAACCUUCAGGCCGCUAGAAUUUAGAACCCCGGUUGCCUUUGUUUUUUACAGCCCCGUUUCUCUUUAGAGCUGACAAUUUUCAUUAUUACGCAACACAUGCAUAGUCAGCCUAUUUUGAGAGUCUGUCCUUAGGCUGAGCAGAUUUUGCUUUGGAAUUUUUGAAUUUUCACUUUCGGACCUACGUUAUUUAUUUAUUUAUCGUUUAUGUUUAUUUAUUCAUGAUGAAUACAGAUUAUUAUAUUUUGCAGACAACCACCAUGGUUGUAUGCUGACCAUACUGUCACCAGUUUCAUUCAUUCCCGAAGCAUUCGACUGUAUUUAGUUGACUAUGUUUAGAGUUCUUUCUCAAGUGUAACAUUUGUCCAGUGAUCUUGGAAGUAGAAAGUUCUGGCCAAAAUCUGAUCCUUUUGCCCGACUUCUCAUAUGCGUAAGUGCUAACCUCGUGGCUUUGCUCUUUCUACCUUACACCGUAUUGUUUAUUUUUGGCAUUUACCGGCAUACUUUGUCUUUGGCUUCUAGUUUUACCAUUCCCGGUCCUUUGUUCUGCUAUUCAGGGGCAAACUAGCGUUUAUUCGCGGACUGGCCUUUGUCUUGCCACUCUCUUAACGCGUUUGCCUGGGGGAGGACUUGGCCAAAGUUCAUCUCAAAUGCACCGCUAUCAGACGGUACUUGACUGCAUCAUGAUAGGCGUGCCGACCGCCUCGAUGACCCACCAGACCAAAGAGCGGCCAGACGGUGAGGACACAAUUUCCCCCGCUUCCUCAUCAUCCGAACCCCUUUUGUUCAAAGUCCUGGAUCUCGUCAAAUUUCGAUCAACGUCUUACGUACAUCAGAAAGUUAGUGCCCUUAAUUAGACCCCGACCGAAUGCCUUACUCCUACCUUAGAAUUAUAAAAGACUACUGGAUUCUCAGGCAUUCCAUUUUGCUAUCGUUUUCUUUAAAUCCUUUCCUGCAAUAUGGAGGUAAUUGUCACUACUUUUGAACCCUACUACUUGCAGUAUAUGUGAUCACAUACAAAAAAGGAAUUUUCAAGUUUUUCGAGUUAGCAUGUAUCCACCUGCCCUUUUUUGAGAAACAGCAAUUCCAUGGAUAACAUAUGAUCGCGCUUUAGCUCAUCCAUGUAGGCUUAUUAGCGUAGAAUAUCGACCAAGUACAUACCCGAAACGACUGAUCGCGCCCAAUUUAGCCGACGUUAACGAUAUCUCAGAUGCGCUACUCAACGUCAGACAGUCACUGUUUGCGGGUCCGAAUAGUCCAACUCACCUCUUUGCGAUGAGGGUCGAGUACGCAGAAUCAAAGAACCUUUCGUAUACCUGGAUGGACUACUGUUAAGUCCGGUUUUUGAGCCCCCCUCCACCACCUCCAGUUACACAGCUUCGUCAAAUAUAGGACAGCACGGGCUUCUUGGGCAGCCAAUGCUAAUGGGUCCAAACCACUUCUACCGACUUUAUUGGACUGGCCGGGGUUUCGCAACUUUUUUGUAUUGAAUGCGCACUGUUCUAUUUAGCACUGUCAUGCAAGGAGACAUUUACUUCUUCGAAGUGAAAGAGCCCGAGGACAUUUUUGGGCUACAGAAUUCGUCAGCGUUACGAAAGGAUUAGCCUCCACGUACCAUCGGUAAAUAUUCUGAUAUUCAGCUACCAUGUUUAGUGCGCUUCAGCACACAAGUCUGUUUCUUGCAGUUCGUUUUCUGGUAUCUUUCCGACGAACUAAUGAAGUUCGAAGCAGUUGUUAGAUGUGCUCAUGUUAAUUGAGUUGGCCAAUUCUUUUUUAUGCAAGACUGUGCUUGGCCUCAUCACUCCGGUUUAAAAUAUCUUGAUUGAAUUAAUAAGUCGUUCGUUUCUGGAUGCAAACUAAAGCACAUUGACCAAAUCUGAUUUUCGAAAGAUCAUACAUUUUGUUAAUGACGACAAGUGGGUAAAAAGUGUGUCUGUAUUUCCAAAUGUACUCGUAAUUUAUUUCUUUUACGAGUUAGUAGCCACUUACAAUUCUCGGUGUAUCUGCACCACACAGAGUUUUCAGAGGUCUAUGUGUUCUUUUAUCGCCGAGUUUUGGUUGAAUUCCGAGGUACUUGCAUCAACCAUUUCGAAAUCUACCUUUCCAUUUGUCUCGCUUUCCAUUAUUGCAUUUCGCGGCACGUCACGGGAAUAGAAAAUCCACCAAUUCUGGGGAUUAGGGCCAAAGCUAAGGUUUGGGUUUUUGUCAUGCUUACUUAUGCCCCGGAGAAAUUCUAUCUUAUGUACCAUUGUUCUAUUUUUCGUUUUUACUCUACCACGUCAAGUGUAAGGUGAAUAAAGCCCUAUUAUAGGGUGUUUUUUGUUCUGAUUUCCACAUCCCGCUUUGUUCGUGCCUCUCCCUCUCACGUGCUUAUUAUUAUUAUUCUAGCUGCAACACUUUUGGAUUGAAGUUUUGGUUAAUUUUAGUAUUAGGCUGGGUUAAGUUUGGGGUUGGGUUAAGAUUAGGACACCGGAAUGUUUACCCUUCCUGGAAUGUUGCGCAAGGCUACCUGUAUUACCGGGGAAGGGGAGUUCCUAUCCCCGUGUCAUAUUCAUUUAUCUUGUAGUUGACGAGUGGCGGAGAAUAUAUCAAUGGCUCCUCUGUGCAAUCUGAACUCGUAUUGACUGUUGGGCAGAAGUCUUUACGACAAUAUAAGGUUUAGACGACUCAGGUGGACGCUGACAAGGAUCUUAUCGACGUCGUUGAAGAUUCCUGUUCCCGUUUCUUACCCUUUCCGUUCGUGUCUAUUUACUGGGCAUCGUACGAUCGAGCACAGACGGGUUUCUGUUCAGAUAUCUAAGGCAUAACUGCGAGUUUACUCAUACUUCUUUCUGUUUUUUUAAGUUUAGAGAGCGUUGCGAGUGGUUGGAGGGCUUUCACCGCGAACAGGUAGAAUCCUUCGAACUGGGUGAUGUUGUAAGACUAUGCGGUUUCUUGCUUGACCCUUAAAACGCUUCUCAUUUCACUUUUACUGUCUUUAAUAUGUAUUUUUUAGUUAAUUCCUUCGUAGGGAAGUAUGUUUUUUACAGAAUUAGCUGGUCGUUGAGUCAUCCUUUUAGAACUAUCAGGUAUUUGUACACAGAAAAUAUAAAAGGGCUGUAUUAUUCUGGACCCAACUUUCCAUCUUGGUGGACGACUAACCAGUCGUCGUUCCGAACCUCUAGGGGGAAACAGUGAUGUAUAUCAAAAUUAUACCUGUUGACGUAGAAAUUCCCAAUUAGGGCAUGACUGCAGGGAAGCGCUACAGAGAAUUAAUAGGAUGUCCUACGUCAAGAAUUCUAGUCAGUCACGUCGAUCGAGUCCGACGACCUAGGAAAUGCGCUAUUUCAGCGACUCACUGUAUAAACCGCUGUGAUAGUGUAUUUAAUGAAAGGGUGGCUGGGAUCUAUUAUAAGGGUUGAUCUGCAAACUUUGUUGAUGAAAGGCACAGCAAAGAUAUUUGAGUGAAAAAGAUCGAGCACGAUUUUCAUUAGCCAAUAUUAAGAAGGACCAUUGUUUAGUUGCUCACACGGAGAAGGAAAUUAAGUUUGGAUUGUUCAGUUGUCAAAAGUGGUUAAAUUGUGGUAAGCUCGAACUCUAAAAGUUGGAGGUCGGUUUCUCUGAGAUAUCCAAGCAGAAAGACUUGACGAUCAUCAGGCUACCAUGGGGGACUGAUUGUCACCAUCGUUUUUUUACCGAUUUCACCCAAAACCGUACGACACCCGGUAAUUAUCCUUUUUUUUGAAAACUCGUUUUGAUGGACGCCAGACGAAGUUAUUAUGAUAGCGCAGGUGGUGUUGCUUGGACUCCUCGAGAGUGUUAGCUAUGCUAUUUAUGGGUCAUUUCCGGAUAUCUACGACACAACCAAGUCGUGCUUCCUUCCUCGAUUAUAGUUUACGCGGGCACGACACUCACUGAUCAGGCCUGAUUGCAGAAUAGAAUAUGGGCAUUCCGCUUCCGCUUUAGUCCCGCGUGGGCGGUCUUAAAAAUAUCAGAAGUGGCUAGUCCGGUCUCUCUUGCCUUUAUUGAUAAAGUACCUGGGUUCUUGCUUGAAUUGUUCUGUCCAUUUGGCGACAAUGUUUCUUUGAGUUGUUGUAACUGAGAUAUCCUACUGAGAAUCCUCAACAUGAGACCAGUUCUAAGGUGACAUUUGUUCCUUUUCGCUCAAAAGCGUGGGCCCGGUGGUUUUGUCCUCCACUCUUCUAACAGCUACCACCGACACAUCUUGGUCUGCACUCAACCCUUUAAUAAUUGCCUUAUGUUGCUGCCUUAUUAUUGUUGCAUGGGGUUUUAUAAAUCUUAUCCGAAUCUGCUGAGGAUUUGCCAUGCCCACCCCAGUGUAUCAGGAGACUGCCUCGAAGGCUCCUUUGAUGUAGGAAAUGGUCCUUCAAUAAGGCACGUAACUCGUUGAUGCAAAGUACAAUCUACAUCAGGCUUGCUCGGGACCCAGUACAAAGUCGAUAAGUGUCAGGGUGAUGCUUGUGCAAGUGCUCCCUACAAGUUACCAAAAAAUCACGGCAGAGUACGUUGCAAUGCAUUGCAAAGAGACGAACAGUAUGUGAACUUGCCUACCUUGUUACCAGUACGGAAGACCGAGAUUUUUCAGUGGGCGGUUUCCCACCACCGCGAGCAAAAAAGGGUCAUAACGUACGAACACCUAUGUGGCACUCAAGUGGACUUAUGUUGAGUUUAUGACAUGAUCUUUCUUUGUAGGCGCGUUUCGAGAUUGUUCCGGCCUUCGCCUGCGACCAGCAGUCCAUGAUGCAAGUCUUCUCCCUUCAACCUCCCUUCGAGGUAAAGCUUUCUUUUUAGUCCUUCUGACUGCGGCUUUCGUACCUUGUUGUAGUAGGGUACUGCCCAUUUGCAAAUUAGUUGGAUUUUUACUUACUUCAAGUCACUUGGUUUAGUGAGUUAGUUUCUCACCCAUUAACUCUCUGUUCAUAUCUGAAAGAAGACAAGGGAACCAAUUUUUUCAGCAGUAAUUCUAGACAAUGUGGUCAUCGGUAUAUGUGGGGCAGGCGCAAACUGCCUCCACUGAUAUAACCUUGAUCUUCUGUACGGUAAUUUCUCGGCAAAUUAGUACUAACCCUGGAUUUAAAUGUAUUACGUGUCUAAAAGCACCACCGCAGCAGGGAGUUUGUCCCAGGUCCCAACAACUUUGCGAGAAGGCGAUCCGUUAGCCGUCCUUAUGGCCCGACUUCCACUGCAUUGUAAAGUGGUGAUCACGCAGAUCGUCCGCUCCAGUUAGUUCAAGGACGUCUUCGAACUCUUUGGUGCAUUUACGGCCUGGAUGAGGUCCCAGCUCAGUUGCCUUUGAGCUGGAGGAAAAAAAUUAAGUAUGAGGUUUGGAUCUGCAGUCCGUUUGGUUCUGAUGCCGUAUGGUUAGCUUACUAAGUCACUAUUGGUUAACAUACCUAACUUAGCCACUCGCUGGAUAAGGAAGGGAAGGAGAGCGUCGGCAGAGCUCGAAGCACGCGCAUGAAAAUGAGUGAAGGUGGCGUGCACACACCACCCGACACGGCCACUCGCUGAGUUAAGAGGAUAAGGAGGGCGUAAUCACAACUGGAAGGCCACAGAGGGAACCGCGAGGUAAUUCGCAGUGCAUGGCCACUGUAGUGGGACCGACGGAGUUCCACACCAUGCGAACAAUUCCAUUAGCAAGUUUACCUAGCCGCUCGCCGGAUUGAGAUAAUAAAGAGGGAGCAAGCAGGACUCAAAGCACACGCAGGGAAGCGCGCGUGAAUUGAUACCUGAAGUAACCGAGGUCACGCACCUGCUGAGGCUAAAAUUUCAGAGCCAAGGGGCAACCCAACUGCUACGUCACUACGUAAUGCCGAGCUUGUUAGGUAGCAGUCGGUUUCCACCUACUGCCUGUGAUUAGUACCUGACCGCAUAUUUCCUGUCUGAGCGACCCAUUUCUGUCUGUUGCCACCUUUGUAGCUCGAUGGGGUUCUUUUUUAUCACGGGGAUGUGGCCUACAAACGAGGAGCAACGCCGCUGGUAGGCUGGCUAAAACCCUACAUGUUGCCAGAAUGGUUCCCACAAGUGACUGUUCAUCCGGACUACCUUCGCGACAUGUCACCUGACUACGAGAACUACCUUGCAGACAUCAAACGCUAUGAGGAGGAGACGAAAAAGUACAAGAGAGCUUAUCGGCGAGGUGUCGCCAGUUCGACUGCUGCUGCUGCUGCUGCCGAGUCCGAGUGUACGUCUGAGCCCAUGACAAAGGAUGAGUCUGCGAUUCAGGACUCAGAAAUGGACCACAUCACGUCCGCCUGA